CCGGGGGUGAUGCCAUGGCCGCUGCCAGCUCCAGCAGGGCCAGGGCUGGGCCGCCCUGCGAGAAGUCCCAGCUCUCCGUGAAAGUGGUGUCUGUGAAGCCCAAGGCCCAGAGCCGCCCAGCACGCAUGAACUGCUACGUGGAGGUGGCUGGAGACGGGCUGCCCAGUGAGACCAAGAAGACGGGGAAGCAGAUGGGCAUCUCCGAGCUGCUGUGGAACGAGAUCCUCACCCUGAACGUCACGGCUCAGAGCCACCUGGAGCUGAAGGUGUGGAUCUGCCAUACCCUGAGGAACGAGCUGCUGGGCGCCGCCUCCGUCAGCCUUGGCAACCUGCUCCGGAGCGGUGGGAAGCUGGAGAACAGGCAGCUGACCCUGGACCUGCAGACGGAGAACAAAGGCAGCAUUGUGUCAGGCGGAGAGCUGACGAUUUUCCUGGACGGGCCGGCUGUUGCUCUGGGAAGCCUUCCCGAUGGCAGUGCCGGCACAGAGGGGUCCCAGGCACCUGGACGGGACCCCACCAGCGCGGCUGCAGCCACGGAGGGCCGACACCAGCCUCCCAGUACCAACUGCUUUGGCAGCAGACCAAGGACGCACCGACACGCGGCCGGAGUGGCCAGGGGAAACACAGGGAGUGGAGAGCAAAGUCCCAGCGCCAGGAGCCGGCACCGGCAGCAGGCCAAGAGCACACAGCAUGCCAGCAUGGCCAAUGGCACAGCCAAUGGCACAGCCAAUGGCACUGCCAAUGGCACAGCCAACACCAUGGCCAAUGGAGCAGUCAACAGCACAGUGAACGGGGACGCCGUGAGUGCCGUGGACAUUGAAGAGGACAGGCCAGCAGCGGGGGCGAAUGCUCCGGCCCCGGCCCCGGCGGUGUCCGGCACGACCGACGGCCCCACCGCUCCUGCCCCUCCUGCCCUGCCGGGCUCUGGAGAGGCCGAGGAGGCAGCGUCCGGCCCCAGUGCCCCCCCGGCCCGGGCAGCAGUGCCCGCCCUGGAUGCUCUGCCCCCUGGGUGGGAACAGCGGGAGCUGCCAAAUGGUAGAGUCUACUAUGUAGACCACAACAACAAGACCACGACGUGGGAGAGACCCCUUCCUCCCGGGUGGGAGAAACGUGUGGAUCCUCGAGGCAGGUAUUACUACGUGGACCACAACACCCGGACCACCACGUGGCAGCGCCCCACAGCCGAGUAUGUCAGGAACUACGAGCAGUGGCAGUCGCAGCGGAACCAGCUCCAGGGGGCCAUGCAGCAGUUCAGCCAGAGGUUCCUGUACCAGUCCUCCGGCGCCCCAUCUGACAAUGAUCCUCUCGGGCCGCUUCCUCCCGGCUGGGAGAAGAGACAGGACAAUGGGCGAGUGUAUUACGUGAACCACAACACCCGGACCACACAGUGGGAAGACCCUCGCACGCAGGGGAUGAUCCAGGAGCCACCGCUGCCACCCGGGUGGGAGAUGAAGUACACGAAUGAGAGCGUGCGGUACUUUGUGGACCACAACACCCGCACCACCACCUUCAAGGACCCACGCCCGGGCUUUGAGUCUGGGAGCAAGCAUGGCGGCUCACCAGGGGCGUAUGACCGGAGCUUUCGCUGGAAGUACCACCAGUUCCGCUUCCUCUGCCACUCAAACGCGCUGCCCAGCCAUGUGAAGAUCAGCGUGUCCCGACAGACACUCUUCGAGGACUCCUUCCAGCAGAUCAUGAACAUGAAGCCGUAUGACCUGCGGCGCCGGCUGUACAUCAUCAUGCGCGGGGAGGAGGGCCUGGACUACGGUGGCAUUGCCAGGGAAUGGUUCUUCCUCCUGUCCCACGAGGUGCUCAACCCCAUGUACUGCCUCUUCGAGUACGCAGGCAAGAACAACUACUGCCUGCAGAUCAACCCGGCCUCCUCCAUCAACCCCGACCACCUCACCUACUUCCGCUUCAUCGGCCGCUUCAUCGCCAUGGCUUUGUAUCACGGGAAGUUCAUCGACACCGGCUUCACGCUGCCUUUCUACAAGAGGAUGCUCAACAAGCGGCCGACGCUGAAGGACCUGGAGUCCAUCGACCCCGAGUUCUACAACUCCAUUGUCUGGACCAAGGAGAACAGCCUGGAGGAGUGCGGCCUGGAGCUGUACUUCAUCCAGGACAUGGAGAUCCUGGGCAAGGUGACCACCCACGAGCUGAAGGAGGGUGGUGAGAGCAUCCGGGUGACAGAGGAGAACAAGGAGGAGUACAUUAUGCUGCUGACAGACUGGAGGUUCACGAGGGGCGUGGAGGAGCAAACCAAGGCAUUCUUGGACGGCUUCAACGAGGUGGUGCCGCUGGAGUGGCUGCGGUACUUCGACGAGAAGGAGCUGGAGCUGAUGCUGUGUGGGAUGCAGGAGAUCGACAUGAACGACUGGCAGAAGAAUACCAUCUACAGGCACUACACCAAGAACAGCAAACAGAUCCAGUGGUUCUGGCAGGUGGUUAAAGAGAUGGACAAUGAGAAGAGGAUCCGGCUGCUGCAGUUCGUGACAGGGACCUGCCGCCUGCCUGUCGGGGGCUUCGCGGAGCUCAUCGGCAGCAAUGGGCCCCAGAAAUUCUGCAUUGAUAAAGUUGGCAAAGAGACGUGGCUGCCGCGGAGCCACACGUGCUUCAACCGCCUGGAUCUCCCUCCCUACAAGAGCUACGAACAGCUGAAGGAGAAGCUGCUUUAUGCCAUCGAGGAGACAGAAGGAUUUGGACAGGAGUGAUGGAGCUUUGGUGCUUUCCCGGGGUGGGAGGGCCCCGGAGCGCUGCCGGCCGGCGCAGAGCCCAGGCCGAGCCCUCUCCUGCAGACACUGUUGCUCUUGUUCCCGGGCAAGAUCUGCACUGACAUAGCCCUGGGGGAAGCGGGGCUGUGUUUCCCUCCCUAAGGAAAUCCAAGGUGUGAUGGAGAGGUGGAUGCAAGUGCUCGGCUCCUGAGGGGCAUGGGCUGGUACAGAGGGGACAGGGCAAAGGUUGGGCCCUGGGGGGGCAGCACAGGGGGCACAGAGGCUCCCCGGGCCCCCCUUGCAGACACCAUUACGUGAGAUCUGCUUUUGGCACAGGCUUUUGUUCUCCCCUCAUGUUUUCUGCCUUUUCAUGGCAUUUCAAUAGCUGCAGGUGAGAGGGGAAAAUGGCUCUCAGACUGACUUUUGGGCCCUAUCCUGCACCCAGCAAAAGUAACAGGGACUCCCCAUGUUGAUGCUUCAGGGGGUCUUUGUACCACCUGAGCACCAGGAGGGCCCCUUCCCACACCAGAGCCAGGGCCUGGCUGUUCAUAUCCGUGACAUGUCCCAUUUGCAGCCCACAGCCCCUGUGCAGUUGUAUUUAAGUGAUGUGGUUUCUGCUCGGAGCUGGUGCUCCACAGCAGCCUCGGGGGCUCUGCCGGCCUUUGCUCUGAUCGUGGGUUCUGCCCAAACUCCCUGUUCCCUCUGUCGCUGGCUGGGCUGGUGGCAGGAGCUCGUGGAGCUGCAGCGAGGGCAGGACCACCGGGAUGUUACCUCUGCCACCACCCCUGCCCUGUGUGCGCGGGGAGGGGACAGACCUGGUGCGCUGGUGUCCCUGGCAUCUGGGAGCCUGUGAAGAUGGGACAUGGCACCAGCUCCAGGCUGGAAACCGGCCAGUUCCGCACGGCACCGCCUGCUCCGCCGCGGCUUCGUGUGCAAUAAACCAUCAGCAGCUGCCGAGGUGUGCGAGUCCCACAUCUGGGGGUGUCCUGUGUCUGGGUGUGUGCUGGAUCCGUGUGGACACGUGUCCUGGGUUUGUGCGUGUCCUGGAUCUGCUUGUGUGUGUGUCCCAGGUCUG